AUGGCUGAUGGGUACACCAAGGUUUGGAUUCCUGACCCUGAUGAAGUUUGGAAAUCGGCAGAAAUUAUCAAGGAUUACAAAGAGGGAGAUAAAAGCCUCCAGCUGAAACUUGAAGAUGAAACUCUCUACGAAUAUCGUCUUGACCUCCAAGGAAAUGAGCUGCCUCUCCUAUGCAAUCCAGAUAUCCUGGUCAGAGAGAAUGACCUGACAGCCCUCAGCUACCUGCACGAGCCUGCAGUCCUGCACAACCUCAAAGUCAGGUUCCUGGAGAGCAACUUUGUCUACACGUACUGCGGUAUCGUGCUUGUGGCCAUCAACCCAUAUGAGGAGCUGCCAAUCUAUGAAGACGAUGCCAUCUAUGCAUACAGUGACCAAAACAUGGGGGACAUGGAUCCCCACAUCUUCGCCGUGGCCGAGAAAGCCUAUAAGCAGAUGGCCAGGGAUGAGAAGAACCAGUCCAUCAUUGUAAGCGGGGAGUCGGGCGCGGGGAAGACGGUCUCUGCCAAAUACGCCAUGCGCUUCUUCGCCACCGUCGGGGGCUCUGCCAGCAAGACCAACAUUGAGGCCAAAGUCCUCGCAUCGAGCCCAAUUAUGGAGGCCAUUGGAAAUGCUAAAACAACGAGGAAUGACAACAGCAGUCGGUUUGGGAAAUACAUUGAGAUUGGCUUUGAUAAAAGAUACCACAUCAUUGGUGCCAACAUAAGGACAUAUCUGUUGGAAAAAUCUCGGGUUGUGUUUCAGGCAGAGCAUGAGCGCAACUACCACAUCUUCUAUCAGCUCUGUGCCUCCUCAAGCCUUCCAGAAUUCAAAGAUCUCGGACUAACCUGUGCUGAAGACUUUUUCUACAUUUCUCAGGGAGGUGAAACGUCCAUCAAUGGUGUGGAUGACGCUGCUGACUUUGAGAAAACCAGGCAUGCCUUCACCCUGCUUGGAGUGAAGGAGUCUCAUCAGAUGACCAUUUUUAGGAUAAUUGCGGCCAUUCUGCACCUUGGGAACUUGGAAAUCCAAGUGGAACGAGGCAACGAAACCUGUAGCCUGUCGAGCGAGGACGAGCACUUGAAGAACUUCUGCAGCUUGCUGGGCGUGGAGCUCAGCCAGAUGCAGCACUGGCUCUGCAACCGCAAGCUCGUCACCACGACCGAGACCUACGUCAAGAACAUGUCCCUGCACCAGGUGGUGAAUGCCAGGAACGCCCUGGCCAAGCACAUCUACGCCCAGCUCUUCAACUGGAUCGUGCAGCACAUCAACAAGGCCCUGCACACCACUGUCAAGCAGCACUCCUUCAUCGGCGUGCUCGAUAUCUAUGGGUUUGAAACUUUUGAAGUGAAUAGCUUUGAACAGUUUUGUAUCAACUACGCCAACGAAAAGCUCCAGCAGCAGUUCAACUUGCACGUGUUUAAACUGGAACAAGAAGAGUACAUGAAGGAGGGAAUCCCUUGGACUCUCAUAGAUUUCUACGAUAACCAGCCCUGCAUAGACCUGAUAGAGGCCAAACUUGGGAUCCUGGACCUGCUGGAUGAAGAGUGCAAGGUCCCCAAGGGCACUGACCAGAACUGGACACAGAAGCUGUACGACCGCCAUGGCUCCAGCGAGCACUUCGAGAAGCCCCGCAUGUCCAACACCUCCUUCAUCAUCCUGCACUUCGCUGAUAAGGUGGAAUACCAGAGUGAGGGAUUUCUGGAGAAGAACCGGGACACCAUAUAUGAGGAGCAGAUCAGCAUCCUGAGAGCCAGCAAGUAUCCAAUGGUGGCAGACUUAUUCCACGAAGAGAAGGGUGCUGUGCCUGUCACUUCCAAGGGAAAGGGAACAUCGAAAAUCAGCGUCCGUUCUGCCAGGCCACCCAUCAAAGCUGCCAACAAGGAGCACAAAAAAACAGUGGGACAUCAGUUCCGCAAUUCCCUGCAUCUGCUGAUGGAGACCCUGAACGCCACCACCCCGCACUAUGUGCGCUGCAUCAAACCCAACGACGAGAAGCUGCCCUUUAAAUUUGAUCCAAAGAGGGCAGUGCAGCAGCUGAGAGCCUGUGGAGUGCUGGAGACCAUCCGGAUCAGUGCAGCUGGAUUCCCCUCCAGGUGGUCCUACUAUGACUUUUUAAAGAGAUAUCGUGUGCUUAUAAGGAAGACAGACCUCCGUAAGGAAGACAAGAAGCAGAUCUGUAAGACCCUGUUGGAAGACCUCAUUAAGGAUCCAGACAAGUUCCAGUUUGGACAUACCAAGAUCUUCUUCCGCGCAGGCCAGGUGGCGUACCUGGAGAAACUGCGGGCAGACAAGUUCAGAGCUGCCAUAAUCAUAAUUGAGAAGACGGUGCGGGGGUGGCUGCAGAGGGUCAAGUACCAAAGGCUGAGACAGGCCACGAUCGUCCUCCAGCGCUACACACGUGGGCACCUGGCACGGAGGCUUGCUGAGCACCUGAGGAGGACGAGAGCUGCCAUCGUCUUGCAGAAGCAGUACCGAAUGCUGCGGAUCCUCCGAGCUUUCCAGAGGGUCCGCAAGUCCACCAUCACCAUCCAGGCUUUUGCUCGGGGAAUGUUUGCCAGGAGGAUUUACCACAAGAUCCUGGUGGAGCACAAGGCCACCAUCCUGCAGAAGUACGCCCGGGGCUGGCUGGCCCGCACGCGCUUCCGCAGGGUGCGGGCUGCCACCAUCGUCCUGCAGUGCUACUACCGGCGCAUGAAGGCCAGGCAGCAGCUGAAGGCACUCAGGAUCGAGGCCCGCUCAGCCCAGCACCUGAAGAAGCUCAACGUCGGCAUGGAGAACAAGGUGGUCCAGCUCCAGAGGAAGAUCGAUGAGCAGAACAAGGAAUACAAACUCCUGGCGUCAGCCCACUCCUCCGAGAUGGAAAAGCUGAAGAAGGAACUGCUGCAGUACCAGCAGAGCCAGCAGGGCGAUGGCAAACAGCUUGUCAGCCUGCAGGAGGAGAUGAGGCACCUCAGGCUGGAGCUGGAGAGGGCUCAUGGGGAGAGGAAGGUGGUGGAGGACAGCCAUGAGCAGGAGAAAGACCUGCUGAGAAAGCGUAUCUCCGAAUUGGAAGAAGAAAACGCUCUCCUGAAGCAGGAAAAAGAGGAGCUUAACAGCAGGAUUCUCUGUCAGUCUGAAGAUGAAUUUGCACGAAAUGCAAUUGAGGAAAAUAUCCAGAUGAAGAAAGAGCUGGAAGAAGAGAGAUCUCGUUAUCAGAACCUGGUAAAAGAGUAUUCAGGUCUGGAGCAGAGAUAUGACAACUUGAGGGAUGAAAUGACGAUUGUAAAGCAGUCACCGGGGCACAGAAGAAACCCAUCCAACCAAAGCAGUUUGGAGUCUGAUUCCAAUAAUCCAUCCAUAUCCUCCUCUGAGAUAGGAGACACUGAGGACGUGAUUCAACAAGUGGAGGAGAUUGGGAUGGAAAAAGCAGCCAUGGACAUGACCCUCUUCCUAAAGCUACAGAAGAGAGUGAGGGAGCUUGAGCUGGAGAGGAAGAGGCUGCAAACCCAGCUGGAGAAAAAGGAGCAAGAGAGCAAGAAAUCCCAGGUUAUUGAAACAAAGACCAUGACUUCAGAACAGGAAGAUUUUGCAUACAACAGCCUGAAGAGGCAAGAGCUGGAGUCGGAGAACAAGAAGCUGAAAAAUGAACUCAACGAGCUGAGGAAGGCUAUUGCAGACCAAGCAACCCAGAACAACUCAUCCAGCAAUGUCCAGGACAGUUACAACCUCCUACUGAGCCACCUGAAAGUGGCCAACGAGGAGCUGGAAGUGCGGAAGGAGGAGGUGCUCAUCCUGAGGUCACAGAUCAUGAAGGCAGCCCAGCAAAAAGACACGGGGAAAAACAUACUAAAGGAGAGGGAGGGCCUCCCCAGAAAUGCCAGCUGGCCCAACAGUGACAAGCACGUUGACCAGGAGGACGUGAUCGAAGCCUACCAGGGGAUGAGCGAGACCAACCGGCUGCUGGAAGCACAGCUCCAAGAUCAGAGAAGGGCGCACGAGGAGGAGAUAGAAGCUCUGAGAAACAAGUUGGAUGCAACACAAGAAGAGCUGCACAAACAGCAGGAGGCCUCCCUGCAGUCCCUGCAGCUCUCUCCCGGAGCCCAGGUGGAGUUUGGACUUCAGCAAGAAAUUACACGUCUCACCAAUGAAAACCUGGAUCUAAAAGAAAUAGUAGAAAAGUUGGAAAAGAAUGAAAAGAAGCUGAAGAAGCAGCUGAAGAUUUACAUGAAGAAGGUCCAGGAUUUUGAAGCAUCCCAAACCAUGCCGCCAGCAGAGAGGAGGCCACAUGACAGUAACAUGCAAGUUGCUGUCCAGAGGAAGGAGAAAGAGUUUCAGGGCAUGUUGGAGUAUCAUAACGAAGAUGAGCCACUCCUCAUCCGAAACCUCAUUACAGAACUCAAGCCCCAGGCAGUGUCUGCUACUGUUCCCUGCCUUCCUGCCUACAUCCUCUGCAUGUGCAUCAGACAUGCAGAUUACAUCAACGAUGAUGAGAAGGUGCACUCCUUGCUUACCUCCACCAUCAACGGCAUUAAGAAAGUGCUGAAGAAACACCCUGGUGACUUUGAGAUGACGUCGUUUUGGCUGGCGAACACGUGUCGCCUCCUGCACUGCCUAAAGCAGUACAGUGGAGAUGAGGAUUUCGCGACGCAAAACACGCCGAAGCAGAACGAGCACUGUCUGAAGAACUUUGACCUGAUUGAGUACCGCCAGGUGCUGAACCACCUCUCCAUCCAGAUCUACCAGCAUCUCAUUAACAUAGCACAGGGCAUCCUGCAUCCCAUGAUCGUGUCUGCGAUGUUGGAAAACGAGAGUAUCCAAGGGCUUUCUGGUGUCAAGUCGAUGGGCUACAGGAAAUACAUCUCCAAGUCGUCAGAAAGUGUCAUGUCCUACGGGUUGGACGACCUGAUCCACCAGCUGAACAUGUUCCACAGCAUCAUGUGUGACCAGGGUCUGGACCCAGAGAUCGUCCAGCAGGUGUUCAGGCAGAUCUUCUACAUGAUCAACGCAGUUGCCCUGAACAACCUGCUGCUGAGGAAGGAUGUCUGCUCGUGGAGCACGGGCAUGCAGCUGAGGUUUAACAUAAGCCAGCUGGAGGAAUGGCUGCAUGGGAAGAACCUGCAGCAGAGUGGAGCAGCACAGACUUUGGUGCCCUUGAUUCAGGCAGCACAGCUUCUGCAGCUGAAGAAGAAAACCUCGGAGGACGCCGAGGCCAUCUGUUCCCUGUGCACAUCACUCACGACCCAGCAGAUCGUAAAGAUUCUUAAUCUCUACACUCCUGUGAACGAGUUUGAAGAACGUGUGACAGUAGCUUUCAUACGAGACAUACAGAAGCAGUUGGAGAAACGGAAUGACUCUCCACAGCUGCUGUUAGACUUCAAGCACAUCUUCCCAGUUGUGUUCCCGUUCAACCCAUCCUCCAUCACCAUGGACUCUAUUCAUCUCCCUGCUUCUCUUAACUUGGAUUUUCUCAAUAAGGUCUGAAGAAAGUAGAAUUAAGCAUUUACGCCAAAUAAAAGUAGUCAGAUAGAGAGAUUGGGUUUUUCUUUGAAAGCUUUUUGAUCAUAGUGGAACUGCGGGGCACGAAAGAAACUGCGACCACAAAAGCAGGUAGGUUAAGAUCUAUUUAGACAAGAUCCUUAUGGAAGUGGAAAGAGCAGAAUGCUGGCUGCCGAACAUCCUGGUUGCAAUUUGGCACGCUGUGCUAUGGUAGGAGCAUCACCACCCUGAGCAGUUGGGUAGCACCGCUCAGCCGUGGGAACCCACCUCUUUCCCUGCCCAGCAGCCACUGAAAAUUCAAUGUGUUGUGGAAGUGCCAAGAAAAAACAGUGACUGUCUUUGCGAGCAGCUAGUGUGCCCUCCAACAUCAGUGUGGUGAGGUCAGAAGGUUGGUUUGUAUCUCAACUAAAGCUGAUGAAUUUGGUUUAAAAAAAUCCUAACAGAGUUUGCAUUGAUUGCAGUUAUUCAUUUAAGGUCAUUGUAGACAAAGAGUUGGUGUUCACUCUUAAAGAAAUGGCUUACGUUACCAACACACCAUCUGACAACCUUUUUUGUGUUAGAACAUUUCACUUCUUUUAUUUUUUUUUUUUUUUUAAGUGUUCUCCCCUGUAUUUGCACGACUGGUAACAUUUUGGGGUGGCUACCAACAUGAACAAAGUUUUUCCACGGGCAGCUAGAGCUAGGACUUACCACUGAACUAAUUAGUGUUGGGGACUCUGUAAUUAAACUGGGCUGCCUUAGCAUGAUCGAUGCAUGAGAUGCUGAUACACGCCAUGUCAGAGGUCCAAGAACCUUGAUAGCCACUGGAUGAGAGUUUUUGACACUUAACGAGCACAGGGAAAGCCAACAGUAGGGAUCAGGAUGACACUCAUCAUCAUCAGGGCUAGGCUUCACAAACGAAGAUUUGAGAAGGGCUCUACCCACGCUUGCUUCAAGCACACUGAUGGCUAAAGGGUGACACUAGUCUACAAGCAGAAGGCUUAAGGCUGUUUCUUGUAUCACGGUUAUUUCACUACAACACAACCUUUGCUAACAUAAAUUUGGUAAUAGAGGAAAGUCCACGCUACCAAUUUAUUUAAAUUCCCACGAAGCAGAUGCACUGGAUAUAGUUAGGAGGAACAACAGCAUUUCUCAAACGUAGACUUUGUGACAAAUUCCACAUCAGUGGAAAUAAGCAACGUCCCAGGCCGUUGCUGUCUCCCACCUCCUGUUCCUUUUUGUUAGUGGCUUUUGGAGACGAUUAUGGGUUUUCAACUAUGUCAACAUAAGACCAAGCAGUAAAAAAUAAAUCUAUUUUUCAAGUAUCCGUAUUUCUGAGCCACAAAUUACAAAAAAAAAAGACAUACAGACCAGUCCCUUUUUUUACUCUACGUUUCAACAUCCAUAUACUACUGUGCACUGGUUCUUCCAUAAACCUGUUUGGUCCAUAUUUAAAGACCUCUUUAAAUUCCUUUAAUGAUUUUUUCUUUCAUUGCUGGAGGUCUCUGGGUAUGAGAGGUGAGAUAUCCAAGCACUGGUACGCUGUCUGCUCAGAGGAUUAAAGAAGAAUGUGAAGUCUCUUGAAGGUACAUUAGCUCCUGUCUACUGCAGUUACCCAUUGUAGGCAAGGAGUGUGUUUUGGUUUAAACAUCGUGUAUAUAAUCUAUGUAUAUACAAACUGUAAUAGUCCUGUAUGUACUAGAUAUCUGUAUAUAGUACACUUUUAAAGGAAAGCACAUUUUUAAAGGAAAGGUUGAGUGCUGUGAAGAACUAUGUUGGUCUAUACCAGUGGGUAAAUACCUUGUUUCAAAUGGAGACUGGUUUAGAACAGCUGUUACCACUGAAGGACACACUUAAGGCUAAGAAAAUAUUUUUUCCCCCCUAACCAUCACCCAGCUAAUCAUAGAAGAUGUUUUGCUAGUACAGAGCCAGCACUACCUCCAAACUACAGUCCUUGAGCACUCACAUCUGCUGUGUAUUCAAGUAGUGCCUUCAUCUCCCCUUUAUAUUCAAUGCCACCAGGUUGCUGUCUGUGCCCAGCAAGCCCACACUCCUGUCACCCGCUCAUCUACGCUAUCUUUAUUUAUUUGUACCUACCUCUUUUCGCAGUGAAUGUCUUUGCAGUGCUCUGAAUUUUUUUAAUUGUCUCCCAUCCCUUCUUUCCGAACUCUAGUAGUCAUCACGGUUCAAAGAAAAGAUAAUUCCAAGCGGAAUUCAGCCUUUCUGUAGGGUGGUUUUAACACAGAGCUAUUGCUCAGGAUUCAUAGUAGGUCAGCAGUUUCCUCUCAGGCACCUCAGGUCUCUACCUCUCACUGAUGUAAAUUAUUUGGAGUACAAUUCCCAACAGAUUGAUUAAACCAAUGCUCAUCACUCAGACUAAUGACAGGUUGCUGCAGAAUCCUCUUCUGCAACAAUUUUGUUCCUGAUCACAAUUAUAAAAUGUGCUUAAUGGUCUUCUAGGGGAUAAUGGUCCUUCCACGUUCAGGAUCAUAAUUUAUAUGUACUUUCUUAAAAACUCUUGGUAUGUAUAGAUGGGAACUGGGAUUUAACGUCUUGAUCUGUGAUCAUGUAGUUUAUCCAGUAAGAUCCAUCUGAAAGAGGAUAUUACAUACACUGUAUGUAAUAUCUUUAAUAUAUGUUACCUUUUCUGUUAGCAGUUUUUAAAAUUUGUAUUUAAAUAUUAGUCAAAUCGCUAUGUUUGAGCAUGCCUUUCCUCAGAUUAGCACUUCUUUCUUUAAAAAGCUAAUUGAACACAAAGCAUGGCUUUGAGAACGCUGGCUCUUCUCCAGAUCUGUCUUUAUUUUUAAAUAUUGAUUAUUCAGUUGAGCAUUUUCCCACUCUGUGCCUUUAGCUCAACCCCUUUUUCUCUGAGAAAAGCAUUAAAAGAGGAGAAUAUUUUUAUUAUUUGAUCAUAGAAAAAGUUGUCUGUGGAGUUAAAACCCUACUUAAAAAAUCUUACUUUGACAAGGUCUGCAUAAACACUUUGAAGUUCCCAGGGAAAAAACCCAAUACUGAUCCAUGCUGACUGUUGCAUGUAUAAUGUAUCUUAGAAAAGCACUAUUGGGAAUAAAAUAAAAUAAAUUAAACCCUCAAAACCCCCCAAAUCACAUAAAUCAGCAGCAUUACAAAACUAGUUUCAACCAGAAGUUCAGGCAUGUGCUGGCUGACCUACAAGAAGCAUCCAGGACAAUGUCCAUGUUUCACUUUCACCAGAAACUUCCUCUGCUUUUUUUUUUUUUUCUUCCUUUUAUUGUCAUUUUGUAGCUGAGGUUGCUUAUCUUGUCUGGUAAAGCUGCUGUAGAAUGUUGGACCUUAAGACUGAUUUUGUGAAGUCCUACAUCAUGAUCAUUUUUUGCUCAUGCAAUUUAUUUCACUUGAUCUAAAAGAGUUUCUUUAUAUGAGUAACAAAAUGUGGGCAUGUUUUAAGCAGAGUGGCUGCCUUAAAUCAUCCUGCAACUCGCUCACUGAAAUCUUUGCUGGACAUGAUCUUUUAUUUGUGUGAUUUGCAAAAGAUACAAAUAAAAAAGCUGCACUUGAAACAACAGGUCAUUUCCCUCCAUUCUCAAUAGUAAAUUAAUAAAAUUGUUCAAACUUAUUUUUUCAGACCAUUAACUGAAAAACUAGCAUUUUAUCAUUGCAUAUAAAUAGAAGCUGAUUAAAAUAAAUUGCAUGAACAACCAUGAGUCUUUUUCCUCUUUGUUGAUUCACGUAUAUAUAACAGUCAUAAAUUAAUUAUUUAUUUUCUGAAAGAAAUUUGAGCAAGAUAGAUGAUAAGUAAAGCAAUCCAGGAGACAUAUUCCCAGAUGAGUAUCCAAAUUAUUUCAAGGUGUGAAUGCCAGUGGAAAAGGACUUUCAAAUUAAUUUGAAAUUAGAAGGAAAAAAAUGUAUUUAAAAAAAAAAAAAGUGCUACUGUAUUGCAAUGUCUAUUUUAUUUGUUUGGGGAUUAUUUCUUUUUUCUUUUUUCUUUUUUUUUUUUUUUUUUUUUUGGUGUGAAGUGUCUACCUUAACAAGCAGAAAGUAUAGCUGCUGUCAAAGUUGAAUGAUAUACAUGAGUGAAUACUGUAGAUGAAAUACUACUGCUUAUAGAAUAUUUUUCCAUUUUGAACAAAUCUGUAAACUACACCUUUGUUUAUAAGAAAAUGCUUGUAAUAGUCACUGUGCUAUUCAGAUGGGGAUAAAAACAAAAUUUGUGAAAUAAACACUU